UCUUCGCAGUAUAAUGAUAUAUAUAUAUAUAUAUAUAUAGCAGCCAUCCCUUGUUUUCUGUAACAGUGUAUCCACCCGUAAUAAUGAUUGCUCCAGCAUUUCUGUUGACCAUUGUACUGUUGUAUAGCACAUGUGUUCAUGGUUUCUUUUUUAGCUCAGAGCCUGAAAAGACAUGGAACGCACUGAAAACUACAUGGGGAGCUAACCCUUUCAGUUCGGAUAAUUUUGUGGAAAUGCCAAGGACCGAAGAAAAGGCUAUAAAAGAAGGUUUUGUAAAAAUCAGUGGAUGCAACGAAAGUAGUGCGUUCAGAGGUUCUCGUUACGUGAAGUCUGGCGACUAUGCAGUGGUUCUACUCUUCGACGCCAAUGGCUACAUUGCAGGAAUACAGACAGGCGUGUCGAAUCAUCUUGGCAACGGUUUUCCAUCCAGCAACAUGCGGCCCUUGUUUAGCGAAGAUAGGGAUCAAUUGUUUCUCACGGCCUACUUCGUAGAGCCUUCUUUGAUCUGCGCUAAAGGAAGAUCAGCCUCGGAGUUUGAACUUCAAGGCACUGGGUCUAACUUAUACUUUCAAAAGGGAAGCGACCCAGCUGACCUUAUACUGAUGCCGAGAGACGAGAGUGCUCUCUCUGGAACAAAGUGGGGCGAUGGGAAAUGUUUUAUAACCAUGGGGAAACAUUACUGGUAUGACUUCAGAAUAGACACAUCAUGCACGGAUUACUUCCCCAUGUUUCUCAUGUAUAACGAUGGAAUGCUGAACGCAUUUGGCUGGGCGCUGGCUGCGGAACUCACAUCGAGGCGCUUUGAGCACCCACCAAAAAGCCUUCUCAGUCUUUUCAUAGACACUGUCCCAAGAUGCCUGUACGACCUUGACCACAUGUCCACCAUGCAUAUCUUUUUGACGGACAAAAUCCGUAAAAACCGGUGUUAAAAUAUUUGUAUAGCACUAGUGCCUCCAUAUUUUCAUUGAUAAUCAAAUAAGUCUGAAUUAAACAUGACUUAAUGUAUUGUAUGUUACAUGUUCAUGAAGAUUAACGCUUAGCCUAAUCAUAUAAAGAUAGAUUUGAAAUACAGGCUGUGGUGUAAUACAAAAACACAUUCUAAAUAUGGUUUUAAAGAUAAACAACAACAAAAAAAAACUUUUGUUUUAAACAAAGCUUAUACUAAUGUCUACAUUAAUUAAUAAUAACACUAAUAAUAACAGAGACUUUGUGUUCAUACAAGUAGACAUAGAAGACUAUCUUUUUUUAUUGCCUCCCUUCCUGUUAAUUACUUUCUCACUAAACAUUCACAACAUUAACGUGACAUUGUAUCAAUUAGUUUUGAUCAGUCAUGUAAUUAAAUUUGUAAUAGAUCUGGACUAACAUCAAUAAAUAAAUCUGAUGAAAAAUAUUUUA